GAGUUCACCAUCUUUGAUAAACCAGCAGCUUACAACAUCAUCUUCGGGACACCGUGGACUACCUACCAUAAAUGCGUUAAGUUUCCAACUCCGAACGGCGUUAAAACUAUUCGAGGAGAUCAUGAAGCUUCGAGUACCUGUUAUUUAACGAGUCAUCGGAUGAAGCUAUAAUAUAAUUUAGCGAACCCCGCAAAGAAAGGAGUGAUCCCAAGAUUUCUGAGCGGGCAUUUAGUCGAUGAUGUCAUACUCAAGGUAGCCGUACAAGCUCAGUCUACCCGAUUGCGCCCGUCAUGUUCUUCUUCGGUUGCAGAAACAAAGACACAAACUUUCUAUACCGCGAUUUCUGGGAGUCUCACGCAAGAGAAGGAGGCAUGCUUUCUGAAGGAAAAGGCGGUGGCUUUUACGUAGCGUUUUCUAGAGACCAACUGAAGAAGACGUGCAACAUAAGAUCCGCGAAAUGAGCAAGAAAGUUUGGGAUUUACUCUGUGAUGGAGCCGCUGUUUACGUGGCGGGCUUGUCCACAAAACUGCCUUCUGAUGUGAUGUCGGCUUUGGAAGACAUUGUGUCGGAGACAGAAGGAUCAGCUUCACGGUUGCUCAAGGCUUUAGAGAAGGCAGGGAGGUACAAUGUUGAAGCUUGGUCUUAACUCUAACUUCCCUCAUAUGUAAUCUUUAAUCCAUAUAUGAAGCUAAGAAGCUUUGGUUAUUGUUGUCACAUUAAUUUUUAUU